UCUGUGAGGCUCAGGCAGAGGCAGCCCAGCUCUGCUGUUGCGAGACAGAUGCGAUGACAUAGCGGCUGGAGCAGCUAGCGUUACCUUGACACCUGGAUCAGAUUGUGUCAUUGUGACUUUCGUCGGUUUGCCUUGUUUUAAUUAGCUAUUUGCUUAAGCUGUCUAGAUAACAAGCUAGUCACCAAUGCUCUCAGUGAGCUGCCCUCGCAUAGAUUUCGAUCUAAGUUGCUGCAAGCUAGCGUUAGCUCGCUGCUGCUACCCUUCAGACAUUGAAGUGGCCACAUAAACAUGCGGAUCAUCGAGGCGGAGAGCCCUGGGACAUCUCUAACGUUAAACGCUUUCUGCAGGACACGAGUUUCGACUGGCCGCUGACCGGACUCCGCAGAGUCUCUGUAGAGGGGAAAGAUCGUCGGAUCUCAAGUACCAGAUUGCCCGCUGAACUUUUUGCUUCUCAGACAGAUCACCAGGGACCAUGCUGACCAUCCUAGCUGCUGGGUCUGUGUUCUUUCCAGGCCUUUUCCUGCUGUCCAAGCAAUGCCUGAAGUCCAUCCCAGCACUGAGAUGGAGCGAAGGAGAUGCAGUCAUUGUGUCUGCCAGGUUGGUGUCAUCAGUUCAGGCAGUCAUGGCUUCCUCAGCUGGCUACAUCAUUGCUUCUUCCUGCGAGGACAUCAUCGAGGACCAGCACUGGCUGACUAGCACUUACAUCAUGUUUGCUGUUCCCUACUUCGUGUAUGACAUCUACGCAAUGUUCAUGUGCUACUGGUACAAGCUACGAGUUAAAGGGCACGAGGAGGCCUCUGCAGCACCCCAGCACAUGAGCUCAGCACUGACCAGCUACUUGCGUCGCGAGUUCCUCAUGGUGCUGCACCAUGUUGUCAUGGUCACCGUCUGCUUCCCCGUCUCUGUGUUUUGGCGGCAAGGAAAGGGAGAUUAUUUCCAGGGUAUAAUGUUCAUGGCUGAGCUCAGCACUCCAUCUGUCUGCUUAGGAAAAAUCCUUAUCCAGUACAAACAGCAACACACUCUCCUGCACAAAGUGAAUGGGGCUCUUAUGCUGAUCACUUUUUUCAUCUGUCGAGUCCUCCUCUUCCCUUACCUCUACUACGUCUAUGGAAGGUACGCCUCCAUCCCCUUCCACAUGGUUCCCUUCACAGUGCCAUGGCACUGUAACCUCGGUGCUGCUCUGCUCAUGGCCCCCCAGCUGUAUUGGUUCUCCCUAAUUUGCAGGGGCGCUCUGCGACUAUUCACGGGCUCCUCCCGUUCUCAGAGACCACGCCCGCCCACAGCCGCACCAAAGGAGCAGCAGACGGAUGGCAGUGCGCUGCCCCAGCCUGCCAAUGGCUACAGCACGCGCUCCACAGAGCCUGAGCUGGCCACUCACUGAGAAGAGUGGAGGGGAGGGUGGGGAGGGAAGGAAGGCGAAUGUACCAAUGAGUAUGUAAAGGAAAGAAAGCUGAGGGAAAAGUGAGACUUGAAACAAGUAGCAAUAUGAAGAAAGCUACAGACGAUGGCCUCAAAUAGUGCUGAAGUCUUUGUGGCAAGCACUCAAACAGCUAAAUGAUUUGGUUGCUGGCCUUCAAGCACUUCAGUUUCUCAGUUUGUAGGAAGCAAAUGGAGUGUUAGCACACUCAGUAUUUAAAGAUGUCAUCAGGCACUGUGACAGACAGGAACAUGCACUGACCUGAGAGGAAUUUGCCUGGAUGUAUAGGAAGCAUAGGUGGCUAUUUCCCUCAUGUAGAUCAAAUUCAGUCCUCUCUGCCUCAUGGUACGGGAAGAGCAGGAAAAUAGGAAUGUAUUAUAUUGUAUGUUAGUACAUUUGCUGUAGAUGGAAGGCCUAAUUCAGUUUAGUAAUGGAGAAGACCUUCAAAAAAGAAAAAAAAAUCCCGGCUAAGCAGUAUUUUGACUUGUUAGUGUUUAUUAUCUGUAUCCUCUAUGUAGUCACUGUCACUCUAACAAAAUGUAACCAACCUGCAGACUGACUCAUCUUUAGAAGGGAGAUAAUCUCGUAAGACUGUAUUCUGCUGCCUUAUCCCUUUUCCUCAUUCUUUGCAGUUUCUUUACGUUUUUAUUUAUUUUUAUCCUGGGAGGAGAAGGAAGAGGUUUUCCUCGGGCACAAAAAUGUGAUGGGUGUACAUAGCUGAUGUAAAAUUGUCCUUAUUUCCAUGUCAGUAUUAGGUCAAUGUUGAUUCCCCC